UCGCACAAAACCCAACCACUAGUGAGCUAUAAGUAUCUCAACUCACUGCUGCCACCAAUCCCUUUCAUUCGUCCAUCCAUAGCAUCACCAAGUAAUCCAAGACCCGGUAGCUAGCUAGUUCCGUGUCAUCAGCAGGCAGAGGAAUUGAAGGUCCAUGGACUCCAAGAGGAUGAGCUCGAGCUCGUCGGUGCAGUCCUGGGUGGAGGAGCACAAACUCUCAACAGUUGCCGGCGUGUGGGCUGCGGCGGUGGGCGCGUCGGUGGCGUACAGCCGGCGGAGGGCGACGAGCUUGAGGCUGAUCCACGCCAGGAUCCACGCCCAGGCGCUCACCCUCGCCGUCCUCGGCGGAGCGGCGGCGUUCGUGCACUACCGCAACAAGAAGGGCAAGAACGACGACGCCGACAAGCUGGACCUCGACUUCUACUCGCAGCUGCCGCCGGCCACGGACGCCGACGGCAACGAGAACGAGCGCUGGAGCUGGUAAUCCUUCCGUUGGGAGGAUCGCCGGAGAAGGAACGGAAUAAAUAAAUUAGUAGCAAUAAUUGGGGAGGCAGGCAGAGGCAUGACGUGGCGGCUUUGUCCUAAUCCAUCCAGCUUGACUCGCCCCUGGUUUCGUUUACUCUACAUUAUCCAUCUCAACAUAGGGCGGGCAGCAUCUGGGGAGCAUGCAGGUUCUACUUGUUGUAUUGCAUGGGUCCUCCUCCUCCUGUACUGCUAGAACCAUUUGAUUUUAUUGAAUGGUGAUGAUGACGACUAUAAUGAUGUUUCUUUUUCGGUGA